UACUCUGAUUAUAAAUUUUAGCACAAGCAGAAGCAAAAAAGACAAAACAGUUUUUGAGACGUUUUAUUGUUGAAAGACAUUAUUUCAAUAAUUAAUAUUAUAAAAACAAAACAAAUCUAACUUGAUUCUUUCGUAUAAGUGAUACUUAACAAAUCUAACGAUUGUAUAAAUCAUUUGAAAAUCGCAAAUUAACAACCUGACAUCAAUUUCGGAUAUUAUUUUUUUAGGACAAACUAAUGUUUUACAAUCACACAAAUGUCAUUGCUGCGUCAAAAAUUGCUUGAGCCAAGGAUUAAAAAAAUAAUUCUACAGAAAAUUGUGAAGAGGUACAAACAUGAAUGUCAAUCAAAAGCAGUUCGCAGUAUGUUCAUUGACUACUUCUGCAACAGCCAUGGACACAAAUUUGUGAAGUCAUCUUCUGUGAUUCCAGAUGCAAAUGAUGGAACAUACUUCACCAAUGCUGGAAUGAAUCAGUUCAAACCAAUCUUUCUAGGAACUGCCCCCAUCACCUCAGAGCUUGCCGGCUAUCAAAGGGUGGCUAACAGUCAGAAGUGUGUGAGGGUCGGGGGUAAACAUAAUGACCUGGAUGAUGUCGGGUAUGACCUGACUCAUCACACAUUCUUUGAGAUGCUAGGCAGCUGGUCUUUUGGAGAUUACUUCAAAGAUGAGGCCUGUGCCAUGGCCCUACAUCUUCUCCUUGACGUAUACAAGUUAAGGAAGGACUGCCUGUAUUUUAGCUACUUCAAGGGUGAUACAGACCUGGCCUUGGAACCUGAUCUUCAGACAGCUGAAAUAUGGAGACAAUUAGGGAUACCAGCUGACCAUAUUCUACCGUUUGGUAUGCGUGACAAUUUCUGGGAAAUGGGCGAGACGGGACCUUGUGGGCCCUGCACGGAAAUCCACUACGACCACACAGGGGCGGGUAAUUGUGCCCACCUGGUGAACACUGGUUCCCCACGCGUGAUUGAGAUCUGGAACCUUGUGUUCAUGCAGUUUAACAGGUUGAGCUCCACACAGCUAGUUCCACUACCCAGCUGCCAUGUGGACACAGGUAUGGGGCUGGAGAGGCUCUGUGCAGUGUUACAGGGAACCAGGUCCAACUAUAACACUGAUCUGUUCUGGCCAAUAUUCAACGCCAUGCACAAGGAAACGGGUUUGCCUCAGUAUGGUGACAAGACAGGCACAGAUGACACAGGGGGUGUAGACACAGGCUACCGUAUCCUGGCCGACCACACUCGUAUGGCCGCUGUGUGCAUUGCUGACAGGCUGUUACCAGGGAGACAGGGUCUCGAAUCAAGAGUGCGUUUUGUGAUAGACAGGGCCCUACAUCAGUGUCAUCAUGUGUUGAAUAUUCGACCUGGCUUGAUGGGCAAACUUGUGCGGCCCGUUGUUGAGACUCUGGGUGAUGCCUAUCCUGAGCUGUCAUUGCAAGAAAACAAGAUCCGAGAUGUGGUGUGCGAGGCUGAAGACAGGUAUCUGGAGCUCUAUGAAGACGGCAAAUAUAACUUCACAAAAUUACUGAGAAAAACGCCAGAUAUAAAGACGUUGGAUGAGGAGCAGAUACUACGACUGCGAGACGGCUGGUAUGGGAGGCCGAUGUCAACACACCUGAUAGAGCUGAUUGCCGGCCAGUACGGGCUCUCAGUGGAUCGGGAUGUCAUCCAUUCCCUCAACACCCAGCCUGCGUCUGACAUAGAGGAUGAAGAGUUUCCAUGCUUCACUGCUGAGCUUCUCAACGACCUGCCAAUCACCAAAGCCCCGCCCACGGAUGAUAGCCUCAAAUAUGUGUAUAGAGACAAAAAGUGCCCAGACAUAGAGAGCAGUAUAUCAUGCCUUGUGGAUGAGAACAACACCCUAGUGGACACUGUCAAGUCAGGGGUGCGUGUUGGGGUCAUUACAAGGCUCACCAACUUCUAUGCAGAGAAAGGGGGCCAGGCCGCAGAUGUUGGUGUGAUUAGAUCUAAGACAGGCCGAGUGCGAGUGACAGAUGUACAGAGCAUACAUGACCUGGUGCUACACACAGGGGUGGUUGAGGAGGGUACCAUGGAGACGGGCCAAAUGGUUACUAUGGAAAUCGAUCAGACCCACCGUCAAGGCUGCACGUACAACCACACCGCCACUCACCUGCUCAACGCGGCUCUACGACACAUUCUGGGGCCGGACGUGAGUCAACGUGGAUCAUCAGUCCUGCCUGAUAAACUCAGCUUCGAGUUCUCCUGUGUGUCUAAAAUAACAGCAGCUGAAGUGAAAGUCAUUGACACUCUACUCUCAGGCUGGGUUAGAGGCUCCCACUGUCUGUCAGUGAAGAGAAAGUUAGCUCCCCUGGCAGAAGCUCUUCAGAUGGAGGGCAUUAUCUACCUUGACAAUGUUGUCUACCCAGAGGUAGUGUCUGUGGUCAGUGUAGUUGAUGAUAUCAGCAAGGAAUGCAUCUCCAGAGAGCUGUGUGGCGGCACGCAUGCGCACACCAUAGCUGAGCUUGGUGAAAUCUGCAUAACAAGUGUGACAGGCCAGGCCACUGGGGUGAAGUCUGUAGUGUGCCUGACUGGACUUCCAGCAGUACAGGCCAGAAAGCAGGCAGCUGUUGCCACAGAGAUGUGCAAUGGCCUUGAGAUGGCGCUGAAAGGUCAACAAGGUCAACCUAUUGACCUUGAACGCUGUUUGCAGCUGCACAAAGAGAUUAACCAUAUCCUAGGAACAGAAGUGUUACCAAAGACGGACAAAGACGCACUGAAGGAGAGAAUGGACAAGGCAGGCACUGUCCUCAAUACUCACGUCAACAAUGAAGCAUUUGCCAACUUGGAAGAGGAGCUAGACAGACGGAUGGCAAAUGGUGAGGAGUCUUUCAUUGUGGCACAGUUUGAAGUGAAAGUCCUUCCUAAGGUCAACAAGUUGAUGAAAAGACUGGACAUACGGAAGCCCCUGAUAUUGUUGGUGAAAGCAACCAACAACACAAAUGCCUACAUAGCUAUGCCAAAGUCCUCACCUCUUCCACUGAAUGACCUUGUGGGAGAGUUUUGUACUGACGUGCAGGGGAAGGUAACUCAGCAGGAGACCAACUACACAGUGGUGUCCGCCAGGGGAGAGCAAUCUGAGAGGUUCCUUAAGGCUGCCAACGUUCUGCAGUUGCGAUAUGGGAGAAAAGAAUUUGUGAAUUGAUGAAACGUACCCUUCAUUUGUGAUUUGAUGAAACGUACCCUCCAUUUGCGAUUUGAUAAAACGUACACUUCAUUUGUGACAGCAUGUGUUACUUAAAGUUGCCAAUCAUAAUGAAUUCACAAUAUUGAUGCUUAGAACAGGCACAGAAUAAAUAUGGGCCAUGCUCUGUGAAAAAGGGGUUUAAGGCAUGUGCGUAAAGUGUCGCCCCAUAUUAGCCGGUGCAGUUCGCAUAGGCUAAUCAGGGACAACACUUUCCGCCUAAACUGGAUUUUUGGGAUGAAGAGAUUUUCUUUACAAUAAAAAUAUAAUGAAAGAAGAAGUGUUGUCCCUGAUUAGCCUGCGCGGACUGUACAGGCUAAUCUGGGACGACACUUUACGCACAUCAAUUAAACCCCCUUUUCACUGAGCAUUUGAUGAAUCUCCUUCUUCAUUUGUGGAAGCAUGUGCUUUUAAAAAAUGUUCACGAUAACGCAGUCCCAAUAUGGGAGUGUACAGACCAGGGAUAAUAACUGUAGAAGAAUCAAGAACGCUAGAAUUGACAACCGCCCACUUUGCAUUUGAGGAGGCUUGACUUUUAAACCUUAACCACUUAGAUAUGUAUUAAAAGGUUGUCAUCGAUUUGCAGUCAUGAUACGGGAGUUGAGACUUUGAAUUUGUGUUACAUUUGAAGAAACACGGCGGUUGUGUGAUUUGAUAAUACCCACAUUAGAUUUUGAGGGUUGAUCAUUGAACUGUUAUAUCUUAUUCUGAUAUAAAAAUAUUAAGCAGAUAUAGGCAGAUAUGAUCAGUAUAAUUUUCAAAAAAGUCCUCUAUUUGUCGGAGGGUGGGCUAGCCAUAGGUUUUUGCAGAUUCUAACAAUCAUGAACCAUGUAAUUUUACAGUUUUUCUAUUGGCCAUGAACAAUCAAUGAACACUGCAUAACUUUUUUCCUGAUUCUGUGUGGAUCCUUGCAAAAUGUAUUUCUCAGGACUGUUGCAAAAAAUUGUUUUAGUUGUAGUAUGAAUUGAAGUGAUUUUACCAUUAUUGUUUUUUUUUAAAGCCAGUUAACUACUAUUUUCCUAUCAGAGAAAUAUAUGCAUUUUGUUUAAUUAGUAUACGGUACAGUUAUUGUUUCAUAAAUAAAUUAUCUCGAAGAAUAUACCGAUAAAGAUAAAA